AGCGCUUAAAGUGAGCCGGUGGCCAAAUUUCGCUGUCUUUCAUUGCAGACCAUCAAGCCUUCACCGAGACGCGAUAACAGCAUCUUUUGCUGUUAUUCAGCUCUCGCAUCUCAAUGACACUAUCCAGUGUUAACUCUCGCUUUUUUUCAUAAGAGAUUAUUUUCAUAGAUUUUGCUUUGUGGUUUUGUCUACAGAACUUUGUACAUUUUAUUUUCUUGCCACCAUGGUGCUAGGAAAGGUGAAGAGCUUCAUUGUAAGCUACGACUGUCUAAAUGACAGCAAUGUCCCUGUCUUCUCCAGCGGGGACUCCGUCUCAGGAAGAGUUAUUAUUGAAGUCAGCGGGGAGAUUCGUGUGAAGUCACUUAAAAUACAUGCAAAAGGAUUCGCAAAAGUUCGUUGGACAGAAUCACGAAAUGCUGGAUCCAACACUGCCUACACUCAAAAUUACACAGAAGAAGUGGAAUAUCUGAAUCAUAGAGACAUCCUUAUUGGCCAUGAAAGAGAUGAUGAUAACUCUGAGGAGGGACUCACCACUAUUCAUUCAGGAAGACAUGAGUAUGCAUUCAGCUUUGAGCUUCCACAAACACCUCUGGCUACCUCGUUCGAAGGAAAGCAUGGCAGUGUGCGCUAUUGGGUGAAGGCUGAGCUGCACAGGCCGUGGCUUCUGCCCAUGAAGACCAAGAAAGAGUUCACUGUCUUUGAACACAUUGACAUCAACACUCCUCUUCUGCUGUCUCCCCAGGCAGGAACUAAAGAAAAGACGCUAUGCUGCUGGUUUUGCACCUCAGGUCCAAUCUCCUUAAGUGCCAAAAUUGAACGGAAGGGUUAUACUCCAGGGGAGUCCAUUCAAAUCUUUGCUGAAAUUGAAAACUGCUCCUCGCGUAUGGUUGUGCCAAAGGCCGCCAUUUACCAAACACAGACCUUCUUUGCCAAAGGGAAGAUGAAGGAGAUCAAGCAGUUGGUGGCCAACAUCCGAGGGGAGUCGCUUUCUUCUGGCAAGACGGAGACAUGGAAUGGAAAGAUGCUGAAGAUUCCCCCAGUAUCUCCCUCCAUCCUUGACUGCAGUAUCAUUAGAGUGGAAUACUCACUCAUGGUGUAUGUAGACAUCCCAGGAGCCAUGAACCUGUCUUUAAACCUGCCCCUGGUGAUUGGCACCAUCCCUCUCCACCCCUUCGGUAGCCGUACAUCUUCUGUGAGCAGCCAAUGCAGCAUGACCAUGAGCUGGUUAGGCUUGGCCCUCCCUGAGAGGCCUGAAGCUCCUCCAGCCUAUGCAGAGGUGGUCACAGAAGAUCAGAGGCAGAGCUGUCUGGACGUGUCGUCAGGGCGGGAGAACUUUGAUGGCCCGCUAUUCGCUUAUAUCCAAGAGUUCCGCUUCCGACCCCCUCCACCCUACUCCGAGAUUGAUCAACAUCCAGAUCAAGCCACAUCAACUGCAGAGCACAGACUCGACACCUGCCCGUCACGCUGAGAAAUGCAUGGCAUGAGUCCAAAGCGAUGGGCUUUAUGAGCUUUCACUUUUGUUUAUCUCCCGAUGACAGUGAUUGGUCGCUUUGCUGUCACCACCGAGAGAAAACAACCCUCUAUGGGAAAACCCAGAAGUAAGGGCGAAGAGAGUCACUGGCAAAUUACCCGACCCAGAUAUUCGGCCCCUGUGAUGGGACACGCCCUGUCGGACUUAGCCUGCAGAGCUUUGUCAAAGUAGUCACUUUUCUCAUGCUUUUCGGUAAAGGUUGACAAAGAACACGCAGACCUUGUCCGAGAUCUGAAGAGAAAUGCAAGAAAACACUACGACCGCAGCCAUUCGCUGUACAGCUGAGAGAAACGCGAUUUUUGAUUUAGAUUUUUUUUGCACAAGUUCGUUUUUCUCGCUUGCGUUUUAAAAUCAAUGAUUGUUUUAUUUCAGUUUUUAGCCUUUUAGACUAAGCGAUUGCAGGCUCUUGCAUGAGCCGCAAGCAACGCAGAGAAGAUUCCAAGGAAUAACAAGACUGAACGGACUGACUUAAUGCACUGAUCUUGUUCAAGUUCUUUUGAGGUCUGUAGUGUUCAUUGAUUGUGUUUCCUCAGUCGAUAAUCUGCUCUUGGUAACAUGCUGUCUUGACGCUCUUGCGACGUUGCCUCGCCAACUCGUAACCCGGGUGUGGCUUUUGUUUGAUUUUCUCCUGUUCACAUGGACUUUAUUUUCAGUUCUAAAUGUAGAAUGCCUUUAAGCCAAACGUGGUUUGCUUGGUGUUAAAUUUGUUGCACAUGUUGUUUGAUCAAGGAGCAACAAUCCAGCUCAUGCCACUCAUGUGCGUGAUGGGAGCAGAGAGAUAAAACAGGGUGGGGUCCGGGCAGGCAGCCUGAAGAGUUUGUUGCCUUUCUGUUUGUAGUGUGUAGCAGUGCAGGCUUCAAGAUUGCACUGCUUGAAAAAAAGCACUCAGUCUCAGGUGAUCUUCUCACUUGCCAAAUGAUGAAAACAAAAAUGGUGUAGAUUUUGUUUUGAUUGCACUGUUUCAGUUCAAUGUAGGAGACUAUAGAAGGAAUUUCAGAUUCAAUUUUGAAAAACAGAUUCAAUAAAGAGAGGAGAUAUGCACAAAGAUGCAAGGCAGCUUUCAAAGACUUAUGACAUUCCCUUUUUGUCCUGCUGCACCAGCAGCCACAAUGUUUCUUCAGAUCGGUGAAGCCAGAUGUGACCCAAAGGAUGGCACAAAUGCUUGAAAAGCCAAGCUGGGUAGCAAAACAUCCGGAGACAUCCAAAUCCAGUUGAAAUGAGUUGUACAUUUGUUUUUAAAACUCAUUCAACUACAGAAGUAGUUUAGGCUCUGAUCAUGCUUGGCCUUCAUUAAGCACUUUUUUUACUGAAAUAAAACUGCUCAUGUCUGGUUGAGGUCUGGAGAAACAAUUUAAACAAUUACCAAUGUAGAUAGUUAAAGUAGUGUUUGAAUUUGUAGAAUUACUCAUGUCUGCAUACACAGCGUGUUUGUUAUAUGUUCAUCUGUAAUGUUAGGGGGUUUAUGAUUCGGCAGCAAAGUGGUCUUAACAUAGUGGCCUUGAUGAACUGAUCUUAACAUGCUUUAUCAUUUAUGCUAUCCUCAAUAAUCAUCAUCCUGUUUUCUUUCAGUCCUAGAGAUUACUGUUUAGUUUAAAAGGACAAAAAGGGAAAACCAAAAAGUCCUUCAAAGCGUGCGUUGAUCAUGCCACUUUUGCGUUGAAUGGGUUUUGGAUUUGUUUUUUCAGAUAUGAGUUCUGAUGAUUAUUGUUGGGCAUUCAGUGUUUGUUUUCCAGACAAACGACCAUUAUACAGAUCCUCUUGUCUCGAUUAUUAUGGGAACAAUAGCUG